AUGCAAACUGUCAAUUCUGUGUUACUUCGAUCUGCUCACUUUUAUGAAACUACAUGCUUCCAUGACCAAAUCAUCUCUAUGUUAUUGGGUAAUGUCAUUCACUUAUUUCAAGACAUGGCCGUGACUGAUGACAAUGGAAUCACCAAUAUGAUCGUAAAAGAAAUCAAGCAAAUUGAUCUCUCUGUGCCGUUUAUUAUCAACAAAGAAAAAUGGGCUGAAAUUGGAACUACGUUGACUUUAUCAUUGACAGAAAGAAUGGAUAGCGAUGAACAACAAACAUACCAAUCUUCUGUUGAUUCAGUUUGUCGUCUCAUGAAUUUACUCUUACUAUUCCCUAUUGAAUAUUUCCGCAAGCAAGAGCGGUCAUAUGUUCUUAUGAUGUCCUUCCUAGUUGAUGCUUGGCUUUUAUCUUGUGAAAAAGCUAGUCUUCAGUCUCGUAUUCAUGGAUCUCUUGCAUGCCGAAGCCUUUAUUUAAGAUUCAUGAAUGUUGCUGGUAAUAGUGUUCUGGGCUCAAGUCCUUCUAUUCUUCAAUGGUGGGUGCAUGUUCUUGAUACCAAAAUCUCUGUUGAUGAUGAUGUGACAAAUCCAUUGAAAUAUGAUAUACACGCUUGGAUACAGGUGACAAAAUCCAUAGACCAAAAAGUGGAAAGUACAAUGUUGGCAAUGGCUAGUGGUAAAAACUCUGAUUCUGGCACAGUUGACUUCGUUCGUGAUACCCUUCAAGACAGAAUUAGAACAAUGGAUGUGCAUAAAAAACUACCUUUCUCUUUCCUGUGGACUCUUAGCUUUAUGGAUGCUUUAGUCAAAUCACUUCCAAACUACAAGAAAAAACACGAAAAUAUGGAAGAAUCUGAUAUUCUUGGUACGAUUCCAAAGGUCACCAUGUUAUCCAAUUUUAUCAAUAAGAAACUUGACAAAUACAAGCAACGUAUCGAUCUUACUCUAAGCAAAAACGGAAAUCCUACCACUAUAUCCUAUUCUGAAUUAGCACAGUUAUUCCAUGGUGUCAGGGUAGUACAAGAUUAUGCUGGUAUAUUGAAAUCACAUAACCAAGGUGUGGAUGCUACUGAACUAUCUGAAACAAUGGUAGGAUUGAUUUCUCCUAUGGUAUCACUGUUGAGAUCUUGUCUUGGAUCUAGAACAACUGAAGCAUUCAAAGAUGUACUGGACAUGACAACUUCCUUUGUAGGUGCUGUUUGUACUACACUUUCUCGAGAUGAUCAAUGUGAUAGUACAAAGCAAGUUCUUUCUGUGGUAUGGGUGGUAUAUGGUCUAGUGUAUGAAGCAAAGAACACAAAUGCUACUGAAUCUAUUGGCAAUCUGUUCUCAAAAUGGAUACAAAGUCUUAAUAACGAUCAAUUCUCCUUACUUAUCACCAGUUUUGUGGAACAAAUGAAUACAUUGGAAAUACCAGCCAAAAAUGAUGAAAGCAGGAAAUCACACCAUAUAUUCUUAUCUCUGGCAUAUAUGCUUUUUGCUCACGGUACUGAAGCUCAAAAGCAGCGGUUACGUCCUACACUUCCGUCAUUUAUACUGAAAUUGGCAUCUCUUAUUGGAAAUACAACAAAUAUUGAAUUUUUGGAUAAAACAUUGGACUUGUUAGUACAUUUGACCAACGACAAUGCAUACGGAUAUCAAUGUUAUGACGUGUCACUUAUCCUUCUCUGCUUACAACAAGUCAUCCAUCCAAACACGAUAUCUUUUUUGGCACCUCAAGUCGAUGAUAAACUGGCUCAUUUGUUAUUUGAAAAAAUAUGUCAUAUUUUGGGCAACCUUGCACGUCUUCAUCGGGAUGGUCUCUCUGAUACGAUGGGACCAUUUGUGGCACUAUUACAAUCUUUGUUACUAUGUUUCAAGUCAGCACAAGUCUCUUUGAUCACUCAAACAAAGAAUUCAAUCAGGAAACGAAAAGCGAAAGAAUCAUCAACGAUAUCGUCAGGAUCUUCGACAGGAUUAUUGGCUUCUCAUGCACCUUUAGGAAACUUGGCAGCUGAACAGUACGCACGAGUCAUUACCCAGCUGGCAACCAAAUCAACAGGAUCCAAGAAAAAUGACUAUGUAUACCUUAAUAUCUCAAAACACAUGCCUUACAUCUUAUUGAACUAUUUCACCAUACAAUCCGAUCCUGUGAUGAACAUCACUCUUCCUGCCCUCAAAACAGCGCUGUCAUUUGGAUGGUAUGAAUUACUGAAUAUGUGCACCACCUCGGAUCGAUCGAUGAUCAUGUCAGGAUUGAACUCUACGGGACAAGCUAUUUUCAAAUCAUUCUACAACAACUGGAAUGCCAAUUACAAAUAUUCUGGUCAAUAG